AUGAAAAGUUCUAAGGAAGAAGAACAGAGAAUUGUGAACGAAGAACCAAUUACAACGAGUAAAGGAAAUAUGACGAUUACAGAGCUUAGGCAAAAACUAAUAAUCGAAAGAAAGAGAGAAGAAGAGGAGCGUGCGAACUUGAUCCGUCAAAAUGAUGAUUUACGAGAAGAGAAUCUUAGAUUGCAAGAACAAAGGUCAAGAAUUGUUACACGCUCAAGAUCAAGAUCCAGCAGAAAUUCUUCCAGACAGAGUCAAUCUAAACGAAGAAACGAUAGGCGAAAGCAACAUAUGGAAGUCAUUGAAGAAAACUCGCAAGAAGAUGAAAAUUUGGAAAAUCACAGGGAAAGAAGACGUAUAAUUGAAUUAGCAACUAAUCGUUAUGAGCAUCCACGCGAACUUCUUCGUCGAACAAAUACUAAUUCUGAAAGGGAAGAAGAACGUCUAGGACAAGGACAAAUGAUAUUACAUGGUAGGGAAACGUUGAGAGGAGAAUAUGAGCGCGAACGAGAAGUUGCGCGUGCAAGAGAUAGACAGCGAAGAAGGGAAGAGUUAGAAGAAAGAGAAUUACAAAAUGGAUUGCGUCACAUUGAUAGUAGAAGAAGAGGACACGAACAUCAUCGCAUAAAAGAUACGAAUCAAGGUCGAGUGACACCACGAGAAAGAGAAAUAUCAAGACAUCGUUAUGAUCGCACGGGCAAUGAAGAAAGACAUGAUAGAGUACAAAUUGAAACAAAUACUGAAAGGCGUAGGCGAAGAAGAGAGGAAGUUGAACAACAGGAGAUACGAGAGGCAAUACACCAAAACAAUCAUGAGAAUAGAUUGAGACAAGCAAGGCUAAAAAGACCUAUGCAAGAUGGCAGAAUUAAGAGAAAUGAUGACUGCAAAAAGAAAUGA